AUGGGUGGAGACUGUGGAGGGGGCUGGGCAGAGAGACUGAAGCUGGCCUACCGACACAGCCCGUGUGACGGAGUCGUGCUGGUGUGGCACCAGGGCAAGUGGGGGUCCCUGUGCAACCAAGAGUGGACACUGGCAGAGGCUUCAGUGGUCUGCAGGCAGCUGGGCUGCGGGCCAGCAGUGGGAGCCCCAAAGUACGUCCCACUGCCGGGAGAGGUGGUCCAGCCCUGGCUUCACAACGUCUCCUGCAGAGGCGACGAGGCCUCCUUCUGGGAGUGCAGCCUUGGGGAGUGGUGGUCCAGCGCCUGCCCCCACGAGUGGUUGGUGGUAGCUUUGUGCGCAAACGGCACCUUCCGGGAGAUCCGGCUGGUGAAGGGCCGCAGCCCCUGCGCAGGGCUCCCGGAGAUCCGCAAUGUCAACGGGGUGGACCGCCUCUGUGGCCUCCACCAGGAGGAGGCCACGGUAUUCUGCCGCGAGCUGGCCUGUGGUGCUGCAGUCCGGGCCCCCAGUGCAGGCAAGGCUGCUGGCGAGAAGUACAUGGUCUGCAAGGGUACUGAGCCCACCAUCCGCAACUGCCGGCUCAACAACUUGCGGCGGCGCGGCUGUGCCCUCCAUCUGGAUGCAGAGGUGGUCUGUGCAGAAGCAGCAUUCUGUGGCCCUGCACUGAAGGGUGUCCUGGGGCCCCUUUUGCGGCUGUCAGCCUCUCCUCAAGGCUGUAAGACUGGCCCGGAGAACUCUGCCUCCUGCCCAGAGAAGUGUCUGUCCCCAGGGCACACGGAGGCCCGGCUGGUGGGCGGGGAGCACCCCUGCGCCGGGCGCCUAGAGGUGCGGCGAGGCCUGACCUGGGGCACUGUCUGCGAUGCCGACCUGGACCUGCCCACGGGCCAUGUGGUCUGCAGGGAGCUGCAGUGCGGCUCGGCCGUCUCCAUCCCCGGGGGUGCACACUUUGGCCAGGGCUCAGGGCCUGUGUGGGCCGAAGCCUUCCGCUGCGUGGGCAACGAAUCUCUGCUGUUCCACUGUCCGCGGGGGCCCGGGCGCCCUGAGCCCUGCGACCACAGUCACGACGCGGGACUCAGGUGCUCAGGUGAGGUGUUCCGGCUGGCCAAUGGUAGCAGUGGCUGUGCAGGACGAGUGGAGCUCCAGAUACAGGGGGCCUGGGCGCCCCUCUGUGCCACCCACUGGGACAUGGAGGAUGCCACCGUCCUCUGCCACCAGCUCAGUUGUGGUAACGCAGUAGCCACACCUCAAGGAGGCUAUUUUGGGGGAGAUGAAGGUCCCAUCUGGCCUGAUGUGUUCCACUGCGCAGGGACAGAGCCCUAUCUAUGGAAUUGUCCAGUGAGCACCCUGGGGGCACCAGCCUGUGUCCCCGGAAACACAGCUGCUGCUAUCUGCUCAGGUCUCCCCCAUGCCCUGCGGCUGAGGGACGGACAGAGUCGCUGUGACGGGCGUGUGGAGAUGUCCCUGGAUGGGGUGUGGGGCCGGGUCCUGGAUGAUGCCUGGGACUCGAGGGGCACCAGCGUCGUGUGCCAGCAGCUCCAGUGUGGAAGGGCCGAGAGAGCCUACACCGCCCCUGGCCCUGGCCGUGGCAGCGUGCCGGUGGCACUGAGCCAGGUGCGUUGUCUGGGCACUGAGACCCACCUGGCUCAGUGCAACGUGUCCAUGCCGCUGCUCGUGCCUGUGGUGAGCUCAUGGGAUGUUGGAGUCAUCUGCUCGGGGAGCCUCCGGGUGCGGCUGGCCGGUGGGCCAGGGCGCUGCACAGGGCGCGUGGAGGUGCUUCAGGAUGGUGCUUGGGGCACAGUGUGCGAUGAUGGCUGGGACCUGCGUGAUGCCCUCGUGGUCUGCAGGCAACUGGGCUGCGGCCAUGCCCUCAGCGCCCUGGGGUCUGCCUACUUUGGGGCUGGGGCCGGGAACAUCUGGCUGGACGAGCUGGGCUGCGAGGGCACAGAGUUGGCACUGUGGCAGUGCCCAUCACGGGGCUGGGGCCGGCAUGACUGCAGGCACAAGGAGGACGCCGGUGCUGUCUGCUCAGGGUCCGUGGGCUUGAGGCUGCGUGGGGGCAGCCACAGCUGUGCUGGAUGGCUGGAGGUCUUCUACAAUGGGACAUGGGGUGCCGUGUGCGGCAACUCCCUGAAGGGGUUCUCCGUAUCCAUCAUCUGCACCCAGCUGGGGUGUGGAGAUGAGGGUUGGCUGGAGAACAAGCCUGUGCAGGCGGCUGGCCUGGGGAUCUCCUGGCUGGAUGACAUCAAGUGCAGGAAGCUACGUAACACCACGCUGUGGCAGUGCCCCUCGGCACCGUGGCACCCACACUCCUGUGCCCGUGGAGAGGAAGUCUGGAUCUCCUGUGCAGAGGAGGGCUGGCUGCGCCUGCGUGGGGGUGAGGACGGCUGCUCAGGCCGCGUGGAGCUCUGGCAUGCUGGCACCUGGGGGACCGUGUGUGACGAUGCCUGGGACCUGGCAGAUGCACACGUCGUGUGUCGACAGCUGGGCUGUGGCCGGGCCCUGAGUGCCCCGGGGGAGGCCGCCUUCGGGCCCGGCUCAGGGCCUGUGUGGCUGGAUGAGGUGGGCUGCAAGGGCAGCGAGAUGUCACUGUGGGGCUGCCCCUCGGUGCCCUGGGGGCACGGAGACUGCUUGCAUAAGGAGGAUGCAGGCGUGCACUGCUCAGGUGAGAGGGGGACCACGGUGCUGCCACCCGACUCGGGUCCGCCCUCAGCCCCUCCAGCUGCUCCUGAGGCGGGCUCCCUGCUCUUCACUGUGUGUAUCAUCCUUGGCACCCUCCUGGGCAUCGUCUCCCUGGUCCUAGGGGCUCAGUGGUGCCGUGGCCACAGAGCCUGCAGGGGUCCCGGGAUGACUUGGAACCCCCCCUCGGAGGGUUUCUAUGAGGACAUCGGUGCCAUCUCCUUUGGAGAGAAAGAUGUGGGGUCCAGAGGGUCCGGGGACCCGGUGCUGGAGGAGGAGUAUGAUGACGCGGAGGCACCUGAGGACGGUCCUGUGGAGCAGCAGGCCGACGAGGAGGCAGGCGAGGCUGAGGGCCCGCAGGAGGCGCUCCUGAGUCCCGCCGGUGUGCCCCUCUCAGCCCUGGCCUCCCUCGUGCUCUUCCUCCUCUACUGUUCCUACACACAGGGCUCUGCCCCGGGCAGCACCUACAUCUAA